GGCAGUGAAAACUAUAUCCAGUAGACUUUGAUGAUACUUUUCUUGUCAAGAUUUGAGUUAAUUUAGUUCAACUACUGAAAAAUCGUUCAAGGUGAUUACUGAUUUAAGUAGUACAAAAUUCUUGAAAGUAUCAGUAUUUAUAUAAUUAUUUGAGUGUUCCAACAAACUUGUGAACAGUUCCAUUCAUAAUUAUUAAACUUACUUAGAUUAGGUGUUUUAUCUGUUUGCCAAUCUAUCCCUGUUGCGUCCUACUCUAGUUUAAGAUAUAGAUGACUCAACUUCUUCAAAAUUCUUUCACGCUCGAGGGCGUUUUAUUCCAAGGAUCCUUCUCUCGAGAAUCUAUCUUAAAAACCAGAAAUUUUCACGGAAAUCCAACUGACAUAUAUCUGUCAACUUACCCUAGAACUGGAACAACAUGGACCCAAAACAUCCUAAUUGGACUAGUUUUUGGUCUGGACAAGCUGAGAAACAGUGGACCUUCUGAUCUGGGCUUGCUUUUUCCUUAUUUGGAAUUUCAAGCUCCAUCGUCUAGAACAUUUGGCUAUGAAAGAGUGAAAUUGAUGACUGAAAGCCCUCGACUUUUCAAACAUCAUUUGCCUACUCAUUUGGCGCCUCAGGAAAUUUUUUCUCAGAAAAGAAAAAAUAUAGUUGUGCUUAGAAAUCCAAAGGAUACAGCGGUUAGUUUGGACAAGUUUUACCGGAACAAUCCAAUUUACCAGAAAUUUUGCACAAGUGAUAACCUGGAUCAGUUUCUGGAUCAUUUUCUGGAGGGUGACGUCAUAUACGGAAGUUGGUGGAGGUGGACAAGAGACUGGGUGGAUGUUUGUCGGGAAUAUCCGGAAAACAAUCUGUUAAUCCACUACGAGGACUUACGUCAUCAAUUCAAUGAAACUAUCGACAGAAUUAAUUCUUUCCUUGGCUUACCGCGCCUAAAUGCAACUUCCAUGAAUGACCUUCAGCUUUUGACCUCAGUUGAGACGAUGACCGAAAAAUACGAAGAGGGCUCUGCUAAAACAGGCUUUAUGAUCAACAAGGGUCAGGUAGGAGGGUGGAAGGAUCUUUUCUCGAAAGAGUCUGAAGCGAAGUUUGACGAAGCUACUCGAAAAAGUUUUGGAGACGAUUUCAUUAUCGAGAAAUUCAUCUGAAACUGUUGAGGGUCUUUAUUCAAACAAAUACUGAAUUG